ACUCGAGAGGGCGGAGGGGGGAGGGGCAGCGCCGCGGCCUGAGACCCCCGGCGCGGGAGACGAGGCGGCGGCGAUGAAGCGAGACGUGCGCAUCCUCCUGGUGGGGGAGGCCCAGGUGGGGAAGACAUCGCUGAUUAUGGCUCUGGUGGGCGAGGAGUUCCCUGAGGAGGUGCCCCCUCGUGCAGAGGAGAUCACAAUCCCAGCCGACGUCACACCUGAGAGAGUCCCCACCCACAUUGUGGACUACUCAGAAUCAGAGCAAACGGAGGAGGAGCUGCAGGAGGAGAUCACCAAGGCCAACGUGGUCUGCGUGGUGUACGAUGUCACCGUGGAGGCCACAAUUGAGAAGAUUCGGACAAAGUGGAUUCCCUUGGUGAAUGGGGGAGUUGAAAAGGGUUCCAGAAUCCCGAUCAUCCUAGUGGGGAACAAGUCUGACCUACAGUCUGGGAGCUCCAUGGAGAUCAUCCUGCCCAUCAUGAACCAGUUUUCUGAGAUAGAGACCUGCGUGGAGUGUUCGGCCAAGAACUUAAAGAAUAUCUCUGAAUUGUUCUACUAUGCCCAGAAAGCGGUUCUGCACCCGACAGCCCCCUUGUACGAUCCAGAGGAGAAACAGCUGAGACCGACGUGUGCACGAGCACUUACACGGAUUUUCAACAUCUCAGACCAGGAUAACAACCAGAUCCUAAGUGACGAUGAGCUCAACUACUUCCAGAAGUCCUGCUUCGGGAAUCCCCUGGCGCCCCAGGCCCUGGAAGACGUGAAGACGGUUGUGUGGAAGAACACCACGGAUGGGGUGCAGGACAAUGGCCUGACGUUAAACGGCUUCCUCUUCCUCAACACCCUCUUCAUCCAGAGGGGGCGGCACGAGACCACCUGGACCAUCCUGCGCCGCUUCGGCUACGCUGAUGAGCUGGAGCUGACGGACGACUAUCUCUACCCGCUGUUCCGCGUGCCCCAGGGCUGCUCCACGGAGCUCAAUCACUUUGGAUACCAGUUUCUGCAGCGGAUGUUUGAGAAGCACGACAAGGAUGGAGAUGGAGCCCUCUCACCUGUAGAACUACAGAGCUUCUUCAAUGUCUUCCCCUAUGUGCCCUGGGGACCUGAACUCUACAACACGGUAUGCACCACUGAUAAAGGCCUGCUUUCACUGCAUGGAUUCCUCUGCCAAUGGACGCUGGUAUCCUAUCUGGAUGUCCAUCACUGCCUGGAGUACCUGGGUUACUUGGGCUACCCCAUCUUCUCUGAGCACAACUCUCAGACACAGGCCAUCACAGUUACCCGGGAGAAGAGAAUCGACCUGGAGAAGGGUCAGACCCAGAGGAACGUCUUCCUCUGUAAAGUGAUUGGCCCCAGGGGCACCGGCAAGUCUGCGUUCCUGCAGGCCUUCCUGGGGCGGAACCUGGCUGCACAGAGGGAGUCCCCAGGAGACCUGUCCUUCUAUGCAAUCAACACUGUCCAAGUCAGUGGCCAGGAAAAGUAUUUAAUAUUGUAUGAGAUUGAUGUGGACACGGAGUUCAUGAAGGCAUCGGACGCGGCGUGCGAUGUCGCCUGCUUAAUGUACAACGUGAAUGAUCCCAAAUCUUUCAACUAUUGCGCCUGUAUUUAUAAGCAACACUACAUGGAUGGACAAAUUCCCUGCAUCUUUGUCGCCUCCAAGUCAGACCUGCCAGAAGUGACUCAGCAGCAUGGACUCUCGCCUGCUGAGUUCUGUUACAAGCAUCGCCUGCCGCCACCGUUCUACUUCACCUGCAACAGCCCCGGCCUGCCCAGCACCACCAUCUAUACCAAACUGGCCACGGCGGCCGCCUUCCCUCACCUGAACGACACCGAGCUGGGAGCUGCUUCCUUCUGGCUCAGAGUAGCCUUGGGAGCCAGUAUCACUGCUGUGGUAGGAUUUGCACUUUACAAAGCGCUGGCAAAGAGCAAAUAAGGAAGAAGAGAACUGACCUUCCCUCAUCCCUGUCCCAAUGCUUACCUAAGACAGACACCAGCUUCCUUCUACUACUACAAUGCACCCAGGUAGGCGGGAUCAAACUGGCCCUCCCUGGACCCCUGGGAGGAGGU